AUGUCUAUUGAUCUCAGAUUGAGUAGAAUCAGGAAUUUGUUGAGGGUUGUUAAUAAUCCGCACUAUGGGCUGAAGUAUCUUCAUAUUACUGGAACCAAUGGGAAGGGGUCGGUAUGUUCUUAUUUAGCCUCUGUGUUGCAGAAACAGGCGGCCAGGCCACUAGUGGGGAAGUUUACGUCGCCACACCUGGCGUACGUUAAUGAGAGUAUCACGGUUAAUGAUGUGCCUAUCUCGGACGAUGACUUUCGUUCGAUCAAGCAGGAUUUGUUGACGUCAGAUAGGUUUUCUUGUUCUGAGUUUGAGAUAUUAGCUUGUAUUGCCUUUAAAUACUUCCAGAAACGACGGGUGGACUGGUGUGUGCUUGAAGUUGGUGUCGGUGGGCAGCUGGAUGCUACGAACGUUGUUCAAGGAAGAGAUAAGAUAUGUGGGAUUACCAAGAUUAGUCUUGAUCAUGAGGGUCUGUUGGGUAGUGGGUUGACGAGCAUCGCUGCUGUUAAGUCGGGGAUUGUAAGUGAGGGUGUUGAAUUUACAGCAGUCGAUGGUACUAACGACGGGGAGGCGGUUGCUGUCAUCAGAAGGAGAUGUGACGAGAUAGGAUCUCAGUUGAAGUUGGCGUCUUGCAAACCCAAUGGGCUUAUUGAAACAGACUCUUGGGGAUUGGUAAACACCCAGAAUCUUCCCUUGAAUGGGGAAUAUCAAGUCCAGAACCUUUCAGUUGCACUCUCAAUGCUUGAUUAUUUACAAAAAUGCCAAAAGAUCAGUAUAAAUACCGACCAGUUGAUGGCGGGGAUUGCGUCCGUUAGAUGGCCCGCACGUUUGCAUCAUACGCAGCUGAAGUAUAGCAAAGAUGAUGGCGCUUUGCCGGUCUUGAUGGAUGGAGCACAUAAUGCCAGUGCUGCCGUAGAAUUGGAAAAGUAUCUCACCAAACACUACAGAACUGGUGGACAAGGUCGCUUGGUUUUCAUAAUCGCCGUCUCAGAAGGCAAGACCCUGGACACUCUGUUGAAGCCUAUAAUCCACAAACAGGACCGAGUAGUAGUCCCUUCUUUCGGUCCCGUGGAGGGGAGUCCGUGGGUUCAUCCUGUGAACCCAGUAAGCUUGGCUGAGGCUGUAAAGCAGUAUACUGACAGCGUGAUUGUUAAGGAAGAUCCUGCUGAGGCCGUCAAAUACGUGGCACAAGUUUAUCCCCAAGAAAAGGUGGUCAUCUGCGGAUCGCUGUAUUUAUGUGGCCACCUAAUAAGAAACCAUGAUAGUAAUAUGUCAGCAUCAUCCUCAGACAAUUGA